UCAAAUACCGGGUGUCCCAAAUCUGACUGCACUUCCGCGUCGACCGUCGACCAUACGCGUCGACGCGAGCUGUGUUAUUACACGAUGAAUUGUUUAAGUUUAACGUUAUGACUUAUCCUUUGUUUAAUAGAACGAAGCUGGUGCGAGUUUAAAUGUGUAACAUACUGAGAUGACUAACAUACGCGGAUUAAAGCUUUCGGCGGGAUUUUGUUUCGACGUUGUUCUACGUGUCUUUCUGGCAGUGCUAUUCGUGGAGCUGGAAAAAGCAGAACCAUUUACGAGAAAAAUUCAUGAAAACGAAUUGUGGUUAUACAGAAACCCAAGAACAGAUUCUUUUGUUCCAACCACAGUAUUAUGGCCUCUUGUAUUUAUGAUGCCGAUUAUUGUUAUUUGUUUUUUUAUAAUGCACAAAGAUAAAGUUGAUCUUCGACAGUCAGUAUUAUCUGUAACAUUAGCUCUAGGAUUUAACGGUCUUAUUACAGACAUUUUAAAACUUAUAGUAGGUCGUCCAAGACCAGAUUUCUUCUGGAGGUGUUUUCCAGACGGACAAAUAAAUCCAACAUUUAAGUGCACUGGAGAUCCAUUUAUUAGAGAUGGAAAGAAGUCAUUCCCAAGCGGACAUUCCUCAUUUGCGUUCGCUAGUUUUGGUUUCAUCUCCUUGUAUCUAGCUGGAAAACUACAUACAUUCAGUCUGGCAGGAAAAGGACAAUCGUGGAGAUUGUGCACAUUCUUUUUACCACUUUGCGUCGCUCUUACCAUCGCAUUAAGCAGAACGUGCGAUUAUCAUCAUCAUUGGCAAGACGUAGCAGCAGGAUCAAUAAUAGGGUAUUGUUUAACAUAUAUUUGCUACAGACAUUAUUAUCCUCCAUUAGAUUCACCAUACUGUAAUAAACCAUACACUGCACUUACAUUACAAAUUCAAUCAGACAGCAAAUCAAACAAGAACGAACAAAUUAAGUGGAUAUAAAAGUGAAGACUAUUUCCUAUAUACGCGUAAAGUAUUUUAAUCACAUUUGACAUUUUGGUUAAAACUUUUGAAACCUGUAUCAACAUAAAAGAGAAUAUAUCAUCUCGGUAUAAGAUGAAGACAAAUCCUUAAAGAUAUUAAAAUGUGUACAUGUUAUA